AUGGUCUGCAUCGCGAUUAAUCUUCUCCUACUUCUCUCGUUAACCGCCUUGUCUAUCCUUUCGGUCACCUCCGCCACGACGAUCGGAGUCACAUACUCGACUUCAUUUUCCGUCGGAGUUGCUCCAGAAAGAGUGGCGGAAAAGGUUGUUUCAAUGAAGAUUCCGGCGGUGAGGCUCCUCGACUCCAAUCCGGCGAUGAUCGGCGCCUUCGCCUACACCAACGUCUCUCUAUUCCUCUCGAUUCCUAAUCCUCUGGUUCCACUCUUGGCUUCUAAUAGCGCCGUCGCAAAACAGUGGGUCCAUCGCCACGUCCUCCCCUUCUACCCUCACACGAAGAUCUCAAUCAUCUCCGUCGGGAACGACGACAUUGCAGACUCGCCGGACGUUUCGCGGUUCCUACUCCGGGCGAUGCAGCACGUUCGCCGAUCACUGAAAGAUCACCGAAUCUACAAGAUCUCGGUAUCAACUACUUUCUCUCUCUUCAACAUCGUCUCCAUGGCUAGGCCUCCUUCGGCGGCGCGGUUUCAACAGCCCAACGGCGAAGUGAUUCUCAGGCCAAUUCUGCAAUUCCUUGAGCGAACCAACUCGUCUUUCCUGAUCAAUCUACAUCCCUACAGUCUCUACCGAUCCAGCUGGACAUUUACGAUUGGUUUCUGUUUGUUGCAAGUCUCUCCCUACGGCUUCAUCACAGAUCCAGCGACGGGCAUCAAAUACACUAAUCUGUUCGACGUGAUGCUGGAUUCUUUGGUUCGAUCCUUGGCAGAUAUGGGCCAUGCCAAAAUUCCGGUUAUAGUGGCUGAAACCGGUUGGCCCAGCUCCGGAAUCGACGCCAGUGAAGUGGAUGCCACUCUGUUAUAUGGCCGAUUGUUCUUCACAUCUCUUAUAGCGCACUUGAGAGGAAACGGCACCACCUUGAAGAACCGAGGUCCCUCAGAGGUAUACUUGUUUGAGCUGCUCGAUAAAGAUUGUGAUGGAUUGAGAAAUUGGGGACUUUUGUACAACAAUAUGACCAACAAGUAUGGCGAGCUCGUUUAUGCUGUUGACCAUCACGAUCCGAUCAUAGACCCUCUCGUCGCUGGGCUAGUCAUUGGAGCCAUUCUGGGAGUUGGUGUUCUAAUUUUCGGCAUACGCAGGGGUUGGACUUACGAAGAUUUCGAGAAGUUCUUUGAUUUUCUGAGAAAAAUAUUGGAUCAUCUCAAACGUUGA